AUGUCGCGAGUGCUGCUGAUAACGGCCAACCUGGGCUCGCUGUUCGAUGAUCUCGACCGGUUGAGCGAUUUGUGGGUUGAGUACAUGCUGAAAGUGAGUACGAAAACAGGUUUAAUGAUAUAUUCAGACGGUUCACAGUCAUGAUCCCGAGUUUGUGGCGCUACAUUUACAAGAAACGGGUGGGAAGCGGUUCGAGGAGAACAGCGACAAAGUGGUACCGUUGAUUUGGCGGCUGCAUGAAGGCUUGAAGGAGUUUGGGCAUUGCUACGCGUUUUUGGACAUUGAUUUUAAUGACUCGGAACAGUUUACAGUGAGUUGUUUUGCUUAAAGAAUAUGGUAAUUGUCUAGCAUUACUUCCUAGGAAAAAGGGGCGGCUUUUUAAAAAAUUUCAAUUUGAUUUUUUUGUUUAAAAAAUUUAAAAUGUUGAUCAAUUUAACUAUUUUCAGGCACUAGGUUCAGUAUUUUUCAUAAGAAGCACUAUUAGCGAUAGAACAAAGUUGUACAACUUCAAAUCAAGCUCAUUUCAACCACUAGAUCAACCUGGUUUAUAUGUAGAACCUAAGAUAAAUAGUACGAAAAGGAUACGAAAAGAAAAAUUUUCGCGAGAUUUUUGGCCUGGGGUACGAUGGGGACGCAAAGGAUACCUACAUGCACGAUGGUUAGUUGGAAAACAGUAAGUUUUACUAUUAGUAACAUGAUCAUAGGAAGCAAAACGAAGACUAUUAGGUAUAUUUACGUUGUAAGAUUAAAUUGUCAGUUUGUUUAAGACAGUAUUAUACUCAUUGUUUUGAUUUAAAGAUAACUUUUGCCAUUUCAGAGUAUUAGAUUUGAUAAAUUUGCAUUUAUUCCACGACGAAUCUAACCUGGCUUUCCACGAAAACCCUUAUCAGUAUAGUCAGAACAGAAGGAAAGCCAUGAAUUAUCUGCUUCAAAAAUACGAGAAGUUUACGACAACUGUAGACAAUAAUGUAACAUCAAACCUAUUUUUGUUUGGAGACUUUAACUUUAGGUUAAAUGCCAUUUCUUUUCUUUCGGUAAGUUUUUAAGACGUUUUUUGAUUAAAGUUGUGAGACAAAUAUUAUUUUACCUUUUUAAUGAAUUUUUGAAUUAAAAAGUAAUCUCUGUUUCUUAUGGUUGAUGUUAGUAAAUAAAGUAAAGUAAAUUUUUACAGAAGUUAACAAAGCACACAAACCAGCAUAACACAGAAACGGUCAGCGAUUCAGAAUCACCCAAAAACUCGAGCGAUGACAGUGAACCGACGCCAGUAUUGAAUGGGCAUGACUUUAAACGCCAGCUCUCGGCCAUCGAGUAUAGGAGUAAAAAUGAAAAGUAAGGAACAUUAUUGAUUGUUAUAUAACUGAGGCAGGGUAAGUGUGGGGUAUUUUUGUUUUAUGUAAAAUAUUUUUGUUUAAUGUAAAAUACGGUAAUAUGAAUUUGCAUUGCUAAAAAGAUUUUAAAAAAAUUUUAGCUGCGUUUUACGAAUUGAAAAGAAGAAAUUUGAAUAUGAAAACAGUCGGAGUUUGAUAUCAAAUUGGCGAGAAUACAAAGAAGAUGAUCAGGAAACCAAGGACUUGUCGCUUAUUGAACCACCGGUCGAGUUUCCUCCGACGUGAGUUAUGGUUGUAAACAGGGCAGGGACUUUUGGUCUGAAAAUGUUUGUCCACGCCCCCCCUCCCCUCAGAGCCCGGCUCUGGUUGUAAAACACGUUUUUCUUAUGAUUAAGCUUAUUGUGCACCUAAGACUGAAAAUUUUCGGUUUUUUCUGAACUAAUGAAAUAACCAAACACUUUCAGAUCUAUAUUUUGUUUUAAAACUUAAAAUUAUUAAAUUAACUUUUAAGCCUAAGCCUAUACUAAUUUAUUUCAGUUAUCCAUGGAGCGAAGAUCCGUUCAAGCACGACUCGUUGACCAACACGCGGAUGCCGGCUUGGUGCGACCGCGUUUUAAUGAAUAAUAAAGCGUGGACGGUGGUGCAGCACACCAAUUACACAUACACAUCGAUUGGGAUGGACAUAUGCAUGGGCGAUCACAAACCGGUCGUAUUGGCAUUCACGCUGCCUCAAUGA